AUGGUGUCAGGUGUAAUUCACCCAGUGGAGAAUGUGACUCUUGUUCGUCAAAGCACCUUCACUGAAGGAGGGAAAAUAAAAGCUGAUGUGAAAAAAGAGAUUGCAGACAUUGAUAUGGAGGAGAACGUAGGCAAAGAUGAUAACUAUAAGGUAGAGAUUCCAGCCAAGACAAAUCUUGCCUAUCAUGUAGUGGAACUGAAGAUUCGACCUGAUGGCAGCAUUGGUGUGUGCCUGAUUGACGAAGACAAAGGUGGAUUUGACAUACCUGACUCACUUCCUGUAAAAGAGAAGGACAAAUCUUUGUUUUACCCUCCAGAAGAAGUUGCCAUGGUGAAAGAUAAGCGAGAAGUUCAGGAAGCUUUUGCAGAAUGCCUCAACUUCCCUAUUCUUAUGGAACGACUUGUCCAUAUUUUGCAUGUUAUCCAUUCUCAUGAAGAAGAGAAAGAACCUUGGGAUGACAAAUUUUGGAGAUUUGUGGGAGAUGAUGGAUUCCAAGCCACUCACAGGUUUCUCAAACUCAUAAAUGUUAAUUUUGAGUAUGGUGAAGCUAUUGAAGCCUGUAACGUGGACAAGGACAUGUUGGGAUGCGUCUUGUACUACUUGGAAUUAAUGUCUUUCAUGUCUGACGAAGAAAUUAAUGCCAUCAAGUACUGUGCUUUCAGACCUCAUUUGGUUCCUUGUUUUCUGAAAGUGUUCAGAGACACUUUGACUCAAAAGCCAAUUGAGAAGAACUCAAUGAUGCCGCUUCUGGAAUAUGACCAGGCUCUGGACUUCCUCUAUUGUCUUGGCUAUGACCUCAGCAAUGUUGAGAAAACAGACACCGUGCUUCCUCCCAAAGAAAGCUUUAAGGCUGUUGAAGCUGCAGGCAAAAUCCUCUAUGGUUUGUUCAUUCUGCCAGUUCAAUGA